ACCAUGUUGUCGAGAUCAGACGUCUUUCCGUUACCAAGUUUUUUAACAGUAUUGUUGCAUGUUUUGCGAGUCCACACAUCGCGCGUUCGAUUAUAAUUUUUGUUGUCGUUUUUAAAAUUUAGUUACCAUGAUAGAAUUGGUGUUUUUCUUCCACCAUAUUUCGGAUAUCGUGCUUGAUCUGGUAAACUCUGAGCUAUACCUGCGCAAAGCCUGCAUUUCCGAAAAUACGACCGGAGUGCCCGGAAGGGCUUUCAUUUUUUGCUAUGGCAAGCAAGAAGGAUUUGUAUCAUUUGUCUGGCCAGUCACAGGUUCUAUUUAUCGUUGGGCUAUGCUAUUUUUGUGCGUAUUUUAUGUAUCAUUAGCCACAUCUUGGAGCGACACAUCCGGUCGGCGUCGAAGACCGCUCGUCUUCAUAGCGAUUUUCGGACAAAUCAUGCAGUCCAUUUGUGGCUUAAUGAAUUAUUUUUUAAAUUCGGGUUUCAUAGUGACAUUCAUUUGUAAUUCGAUUUUCGAGUUCAUCGGAGGAAUAAAUAUGAUGUUCGUAGUGGCACAGAUUUACAUCUGCGAAACUGUCGCUGUAGAAAAUCGUACCAUGAGGUUGGGGCUGUUAUGGGUGGUCAAACUUGUAUGCAAGCUAAUUUGCAUAUACGGAUACGGAAAUAUCAUACACAAUGUUGGAUCUCUCUACUCGUAUAUCUUAUGUCUUGUACUGUCAAUUAUUGCGGGGGUUCUAGCUGCCUUUCGAGUCUACGAUAAAUUUGUCGUUUCGGAGGAGAAACAGAGUUUUUCGCAAUUGUUCGAUGUAACCCGAAUUGUCCACAGUUUCAAAUUGGUGUUUAAGCAAAGCCUAGGAAAAAAACGACAGCUUGUUUUAUUGCUAUUGAUAGCGUACGUUUUGAUGUAUUGUGUUUACGAAGGCGAAAAUGGAACUACUUCUCUCAUUAAUUCCCUACUUGAAUCGCUCACGGGUACCACUCUACACAGGUCUUCUUUUGAAUUCGUUAAAGAUUUUGCAAUUAUUUUCAGCAUCCUGUUUUGCGGUGUUAUUCUGAGUAAAUUUUUGAAAGUCCCUGAUGUUUCGAUCGGAAUGUUUGCCGGCAUCUGUAAUCUCAUCGCAGUCAUUUCAUAUCUCUUUGUCGGUCAGACAUUGCAUCGUUAUAUUGAUAUGAUGUUGAAAGCUUUUCAUGGUGUGAUAUUACUCACCAGUGUUUCUUACUUGAGCAAAUUUUUCGACGGUAAAGAAUUUGGAAGGUUGUUUAGUGUGCUCAAUAUCUUCUUUUGCUUUGUUUUAAUCAACACAUGGGUGUAUGGAAUCCUUUUUGCAAAAACUAUCAACAGCUAUUCGCUAGCUGCAUACUUGGGUAGUAUUUUCUUAAAUAUUGCAGUUUUGGUGUUAUACUGCAUUUCGUUCUUUUAUUGGCGAUUGGUGAGUGAUCCUGAAUUGUGAUUGUGAAGAUUCUCAACUUGUGAACAUUUAUUUAUAUUUUGUACGUACUCUAAAAUACCUUUUUUCUUAUAUUCGCUGAAAAAUAAUAUUUUGCAUUUAUUUAGAUUAAAUGUUUGUUUAUUCAUAUGUACUUAUUUGUCUGCCUAAGAAUUUAGGUACCUAUAAGGUCAUACUUACCUAUUCUAUUGUUUUUACAAUUUUGUUUUUUACAAAUACCUAUAAAAUUUAUUGAUCUGGAUACCUAAA